AUGGCAGAAGUUGUGGCGUCAAAAUUGGCACAGGCUGUUGUAUCCCAGGCGGUUCGAACGAUCACCGAUCUACUCGUUCGAGAAGCCACUUCCUUGAGCAGCGUGAAAGACGACGUGGAGUGCUUCUUGAAAGAUGCCGAGAGCAAGCAACAACAAGACGAGCGUGUUCGUAACUGGGUCGCGGAAGUUAAGGAUGUAGCUUGUGAGAUUGAAGAUGCCAUUGAGACGUAUAUCUUCAAAGUCAACUCCUCGCAAAGGUAUCAAAUCGAAUUUAGCAGCGGAGAAGGGAUUGACACUACUGCUCUAAAGAAUUUGAGAAGAUCAUAUCCGGAUGAUGAUGAUGAUGAUGAUGAUAAUCACAGUGAUGAUGUUAUUACCUUGAAGGCUCAGCUGGUGAAAGAGGAAGAUCGGUGUUGCGUUGUUUCAAUUGUGGGGAUGGGCGGGUUAGGCAAGACCACUCUUGCCAAGAAGGCGUACAACGACAUCGAUUUAAAGAAGCAUUUUGAUUGUCGUGCUUGGGUUUUUGUAUCCCAACAAUUUGUUCCAAAGGAUAUUUUGUCUGAGUUGGAGAAGAGGUAUCUUAUUAUUCUCGCCGACAUUUGGCAUAUUCAAGCUUGGUAUAGUAUUCAAGGUGCUUUCCUGACGGGAAAAACGGGGAGCAAAGUCGUCUUUACAACGCGCAUCAAGGAAGUAGCAUUUUCUGUUGGUCCCAACAACAGUUCUCAAAUUCAACCUCCACUUUUGACGCCUGCGGAGAGCUGGGAGCUUCUUAAGCGAAAAGCCUUUCAAAGAGAAACAUUUGGGAAGCAUGCUUGUCCACCGCAAUUCGAAGUGAUAGGAAAGGAAAUUAUUCAAAAUUGUGGAGGACUGCCUCUUGCAAUUGUAGUUCUUGGAGGCUUAUUGAGAAAUAAAACUCAUUCGGUGCAUGCAUGGGAAAAGGUGCAAAAAGAUGCAAAAUCACACAUCAACAAGCUCAAAUCGGAACAACAAUACCGAGUAGACGAUAUCUUGGACUUGAGCUUCCAAGAUUUGCCUUACUACUUGAAACCAUGUUUCCUUUAUUUAGGAAGCUUUCCAGAAGAUAGUAAGAUACCCAAAAGCAUGUUGAUUCGACUAUGGAUGGCAGAAGGCUUUAUAUCAACAAUGGAAAGAGAAGAUAUAGGAGGGGAAUUAAUAGAAAAUGUGGCUGAACAAUACUUGGGAGAAUUGGUUGAUAGAUGCAUGGUUCAGGUGGACAAAAGGGACCAUACAGGAAAAGGUGUCAAAACAUGCCGAUUACAUGAUCUUAUGCGAGAUUUUUGUAUUUCUAAGGCGAAGGCAGAGAAUUUCCUAGACAUUAUGCAGAAGCACAAUGUGAACAUGAUGACGGCUGGUUCUUCUUCAGUUCAGUUUCAUCCAGUGACUCGUUUUCGCAGGAUUGCUAUUCAUGUUAACGACCACGAUCUUCAUCACCACACACCUAAUUGGAUGGAACAAGUAGGUCCCAAUAUCCGCUCUCUUCUAUGCUUUGGUAUUGAUACUCUACCCAUAGUAUCUGUAACCAAAAAUUUCAUACUGUUAAGAGUAUUGAAACUUGAUUUUAAUUGGACUAAAUUUCCGACUAAUAAAUCUUUGAGAGGAAUCGGUAAUUUAAUUCACUUGAGAUAUUUGAGGUUAAGCGGGGCUAGUGAUGAAUCAAAAUUGCCCCGCUCUAUAGGCAACUUGCAAAAUUUCUUCGAGGAGUUUGCGGUUUUGGAAAAGCUGCCGAACUUAAGAAUUCUCCGGUUGGAUAAUGACCUGGUGGAUGAGACUAGCAGAAAUAGUGUGUAUAAAUUGGUGUGUUCUGCCAAUGGAUUUCCCAAGCUCGAGGUUCUAACACUCAGAAGCUUAUACAGAUUAGAGGAGUGGGAAGUGGAGGAAGGUGCAACGCCGAAUCUCAGGAGAUUGAAUAUGAUUGGUUUGCAAACACUGAAGGCGAUUCCCGAGGGUCUAAAAUAUGUCUCCACUCUCUGCGAAUUGCAUGUGGUUGCAAUGUGGAGAGAUUUUGAAGACAAUGUUAGAGUCAAUGAAGGAGUUGAAGGGAAAGAUUUCUACAAGGUGCGCCACAUUCCCUUCAUCUCAUAUUCAAGAUAG